UCGGUUUCCGGUGUUCCCGCGAUGGCGACUCCGGACUCCCUGUCUCUGUUCACCGCCCUCGGGCUGAGCGAACACAAGGCCCUCGAGACGCUCAAGAACACUUCUCUGAGCGCGCAGCUGCGCCAGGCGGCCACGCAGGCGCAGCAGACUCUGGGCUCGACCAUCGACAAGGCUACUGGGACCCUGCUAUAUGGCUUGGCUUCCCGACUUAAGGAUCCCCGGCGUCUCCCCUUUCUCGUGGGCUACAUCGCCAGUAAGAAGAUACACACCGAGCCCCAGCUGAGCGCUGCCCUUGAGUAUGUGCGCGGUCAUCCCCUGGACCCCAUCAACACCGUGGACUUUGAGAGGGAAUGUGGCGUGGACGUCGUGGUGACCCCAGAGCAAAUAGAGGAGGCAGUGGAGGCCGUCAUAAAUCGGCACCAGUCUCAGCUCCUGGUUGAACGUUAUCAUUUCAACAUGGGGCUCCUGAUGGGAGAGGCUCGAGCUGUUCUCAAAUGGGCUGAUGGCAAAAUGAUCAAGCAUGAAGUGGACAUGCAGGUCCUCCACCUUCUGGGUCCCAAGAUGGAGUCUGAUCUGGACAAAAAAGCCAAGGUAGUGAAGUCUCGGCCAGAAGAAACAGACCGGAGGAAAGCAAAGGAUGUGGUGGAGAAUGGUAUGAGUGCUGACCAGGCUCUGUCCCUGAUGGAACAGCUCCGGGGAGAGGCGCUCAAGUUCCACAAGCCUGGUGAAAACUACAAGACCCCAGGCUAUGUGACCACCCCAUAUACUAUGAAUCUGCUAAAGCAGCACCUGGAGAUCACUGGGGGACAGGUGCGUACCCGUUUUCCACCAGAGCCCAAUGGAAUCCUACAUAUUGGACAUGCCAAAGCAAUCAAUUUCAACUUUGGCUAUGCCAAGGCCAACAAUGGGAUCUGCUUUCUGCGCUAUGACGACACCAACCCUGAAAAGGAGGAAGCAAAGUUCUUUACUGCCAUCUACGACAUGGUGUCCUGGCUGGGUUACACACCUUACAAGGUGACAUAUGCCUCUGAUUACUUCGACCAACUAUAUGCCUGGGCCCUAGAGCUCAUCCGCAGGGGCCAGGCCUAUGUCUGCCACCAGCGAGGAGAGGAACUCAAAGGCCACAAUCCAUUGCCCUCGCCCUGGAGGGACCGUCCUGUGGAGGAAUCACUGCUGUUGUUUGAGGCAAUGCGCAAAGGCAAGUUUGCAGAAGGUGAGGCCACACUGCGGAUGAAACUGGAAAUGGAAGAUGGCAAAAUGGACCCUGUGGCCUAUCGAGUCAAAUACACACCGCACCACCGCACAGGGGACACCUGGUGCAUCUACCCCACCUAUGACUAUACACACUGCCUGUGUGACUCCAUUGAGCACAUCACCCACUCACUCUGCACCAAGGAAUUCCAGGCCCGACGCUCUUCCUACUUCUGGCUGUGCAACACGCUGGAUGUCUAUUGCCCCGUGCAGUGGGAGUAUGGCCGCCUCAACCUACACUACGCUGUUGUCUCUAAGAGGAAGAUCCUUCAACUUGUGUCUGCUGGAGCUGUGCGGGACUGGGAUGACCCCCGGCUCUUCACGCUGACAGCCCUGCGCAGGCGAGGCUUCCCACCUGAAGCCAUCAACAACUUCUGUGCCCGGGUGGGUGUGACAGUGGCACAGACUACAAUGGAACCACAUCUACUAGAAGCCUGUGUGCGUGAUGUGCUAAAUGACACGGCCCCACGGGCCAUGGCUGUGCUGGAGCCACUGCGGGUCACUAUCACCAACUUUCCUGCUGCCAAGUCCUUGGACAUCCAGGUGCCUAACUUUCCAGCUGAUGAGAGGAAGGGGUUUCACCAGGUUCCCUUUGCAUCAGUCGUCUUCAUCGAGCAGACAGACUUCAAGGAGGAGCCAGAGCCAGGUUACAAGCGCCUGGCAUGGGGCCAGCCUGUGGGCCUGAGGCACACAGGCUACAUCAUUGAGCUGCAACAUGUUGUCAAGGGCCCCAGCGGCAGUAUAGAAAGUUUGGAGGUGACCUGCAGACGGGCAGAUGCUGGAGAGAAGCCUAAAGCCUUCAUUCACUGGGUGUCCCAGCCGCUGACGUGUGAAAUUCGCCUCUAUGAGCAACUAUUCCGGCACAAGAACCCUGAGGAUCCUGCUGAGGUACCUGGUGGAUUCUUAAGUGACUUGAAUCAGGCAUCGCUACAAGUGGUGAAGGUAGCGUUAGUGGACUGUUCUGUGGCCCUGGCAAAACCCUUUGACAAAUUCCAAUUUGAGCGUCUUGGGUAUUUCUCCGUGGAUCCAGACAGCCACCAAGGACAGCUUGUCUUCAACCGAACUGUCACACUGAAGGAGGACCCAGGGAAGAUGUGA